AUGGAGCUCCAAAUCACCGGGCCGUUCAACCAGCUGUCUACCGAGGACCUGGAGGUGAUGGACGAUGUGGCUCAGACAUUCUGCGAAGCGGUAGACAUCGUCUUGAAGACCAACUUCAAAUCGCAAAAGAGAGAUGCGAGCCACCUGGACUCGGCAACCAGGAGCACCGCCGCAAGGGUGGAGGAGCCAACCAAAAAUCAAAAGAUUGCCGCUGUCUUCUGCCGACAGUGGCUUUCCGCAGUGCUUAGCGAGCUUACACAUCAACUUGCGGAAGGAGGCGCGGACAGGUUCGACUACGAAGCCGCGGCUAAUAUCAUGAGCCCCCGCAUGCUGGAGGAAGGCGCCGACCCCGCUAACAAGGACGACAUCGGCCUGUGCAUCGAGAACGCGCGCAUCUGCGGAAACGGACAAAUAGAAGUCAACUACGAGCUCGAUCCCAGCCAGGUGCCGCAGCACCUGAAGCCCAAGCUCAAGGCGCAGGAACUGAUGCAGCUGAUCCUGCAGGGCAAGCAGACAGAGCAGGAGCUGUCGCAAAAGCUGGAGCAAUUCUGGCAAAACGUGCCAUCGCUUCUAUGCCAAUACCUGGACCGGGAUGACGACGAGGACGGGAAGGGCGACGAUAACGAUAAUCGCAAUGAGCAGCUAGCAGCCGCUGACCAUACUGACGCAAACGUGGGUAGUGGUGAGCAAACGGCUGGAGGCAUGGAGAACGAAGAAUCGCAAACCACACAACAGCAUCUAUCUUCGGGACAUGCUACGACGGUACAAGGUGCCGGAGAGCAGGAAAGCGACGGCCAACUGCCCUUCGACGAAGAAGCCAUCGAACUGCUCGAAAAUAUCGCACGCGGAUUUGCAAACCCAAUGGCCACCGAUAACGUUCCGGACGAGACUGUGCAACAGAAACUGGCGCAGGUGGCUGAAAAAGCCAAGGAGCUGGGGGUACAAGGGAUGGACACCUAUAUCGCACUGUACAACAAGGUCAACAAAGAAAUCGCCAACGUUAAAAAAAUGUCCAAGUUUUUCUCAAAGCUUGCGACCGACGUAUCACGUUCGCGGGGUCAGAUGGACACCAUGUAA